AUGUGGCGUCGUGUCUUCUUUUCCACCAUGAUCCCUGUCCGCCGGAUAUCGCGUGCUCGCUAUAAUAUAUCAUCACGUGCAAUUACUACCACCUCUCCACUUCAGUACGGAAAAGCUCGUGCCAUCGAACUCAAAUACCACAACGGAACAUGCACGCUAGCAGUUCCACUACCACUUAACGGAUUCGACGAAGAGCGCGUGUUCAGUAUCCCUCCAGAAACCACUGUAGCCGAUAUCAUCACCCAGAUCGAAGCUGAAGACAAGUCAAUCCAAAGUGUAACCAUUCGAUCGACGAGAGGUGAAGAGUUUCAGCCUGAAGAUACAUUGCAAAAUGUUCUAACUGACGACUUUGAGCUCUUACUUAACGACCAAGUUCUACCGGUUCGAGCUCCAGUUUUUACUGGCAGUGCGUACCAGAGUUUAGCAGAUGAUGGCGAUCUUGAUGUGCGGUCUGUCGCUCAGAAAAGUGCCAUUAUCUUGCUACGCAGUGAUUUAGAACGUCUCGGUAAGUGGAAAAUAAGUUAUCCAGACUUUAUUACCAUGUGUCGGGAGCGCGGCAUUCCAAAAAAACAAGCACCAGAAGUUCUCCAAGCUUUUCAUCAAUCUGGACUACUCUUUUACUUUGGUAAAUCGGACGAGGAAGAUUUAACCCAUUCUGUUUUCUUACAACCACGCAGUAUUCUCGAUUCGUAUCUAGAAUCGAUUGGGUUGUUACCGUUGUCUUCACAGCUUUUUCAGCAACAGCGAGCAACAUUAUUGUUAAAAAUCCAAGCACUAGAACCCGAGCAUGUAGCACUAGCGAAUCUUCGUCGCGAACUCGAAACAACAGCAAUGCGACAAGCUAACCGCAUUUCGUACGGACUUUCAACCUCACUUGUCGGUGCUUUUGGACUUUAUUUUUGGUUGUCAUUUAUUCAUUUUUCAUGGGAUAUCAUGGAACCAGUGACGUAUUUUACAGGCUUUGGUGUCUCAAUUAUUGGUUACGCUUGGUGGAGCAUCACGAAUCAGGAAUACGAAUAUGAAAAUAUCUAUCACUACGUGUAUACGCGCCGCUUACAAAAGCACAUGAUCAAGGCCAAGUUUGACCAACAGCGGUUUAAUGCUUUAACUGAGGAAUUACGGAGCGCAAAAGAGCAAUUAGCACAGACAGAGCUAGUCCUUAAAAAGUCGACGCACCUUCAGGCCAAUUUUUUGCAUCUACUAGACACUACAAAUGACGUCAAGCUACCAGCACUGGCAGCAUUAAAGAAACUCAAGGACGCACGCUAG